UCCCGCUCGUGCUGCCGCCGUUCCGGCCUGUAACGGCCACUCGGCCGCCGCUUUCGCCUGGUGCCCUAUUCCGCUGUGGUUCGCAAGCGGCUUCCCGUCAUACGAGCGUGGGGCGCAGGGUACUGGCGGGCUCGGCGGCGGCGGGCGGGACAGGGCAAUCCCUUGCAUCGAAGACCCGAAGUUUAUUCUGCCCUGGCCUGCCACCCGCUUCUUCUCCAUGUUUGAAGGCAGAUUCACUGUGGUCUGUGCCCGCCUAUUUUGCUACCAACAUUGAGACUUAAAUACUUUGUCAGAAGCCUGAGACAGCGGACACAGUAGCGCUUAAGAUACAGUACACAUCACUUUGUUUACAGGGCCUCCCAUCUCUCGGUUCAGGCCAUCAUGGUUUUCCAAAUCUCUAGCAUCACUGUCUCUUGGUGUGUGAAGAUAACCCAAGGAAUUGAGGAAGUUGCUGAGAAGAGUGUGCUGGAGAUGCGCUAGGAAAAAAUUGAAUGGUGAGACAAGUUCCAGCCCAAGGGUUUCUGGUUUGCCAAGAAGGAAGUGAACAUCAUGGAUCAGAACAACAGCCUGCCACCUUACGCUCAGGGCUUGGCCUCCCCUCAGGGUGCCAUGACUCCUGGAAUCCCUAUCUUUAGUCCAAUGAUGCCUUAUGGCACUGGACUGACCCCACAGCCUAUUCAGAACACCAAUAGUCUGUCUAUUUUGGAAGAGCAACAAAGGCAGCAGCAGCAGCAACAGCAGCAGCAGCAGCAGCAGCAGCAGCAGCAGCAGCAGCAACAACAGCAGCAACAGCAGCAGGCAGUGGCAGCCGCAGCCGUUCAGCAGUCAACAUCCCAGCAGGCAACGUCCCAGCAGGCGACACAGGGAACCUCAGGCCAGGCACCACAGCUCUUCCACUCACAGACUCUCACAACUGCACCCUUGCCAGGCACCACUCCACUGUAUCCCUCCCCCAUGACCCCCAUGACGCCCAUCACUCCUGCCACACCGGCUUCUGAGAGCUCUGGGAUUGUACCGCAGCUGCAAAAUAUUGUAUCCACAGUGAAUCUUGGUUGUAAACUUGACCUAAAGACCAUUGCACUUCGUGCCCGAAAUGCCGAAUAUAAUCCCAAGCGGUUUGCUGCUGUAAUCAUGAGGAUAAGAGAGCCACGAACCACGGCACUAAUUUUCAGUUCUGGGAAAAUGGUGUGCACAGGAGCCAAGAGUGAAGAACAGUCUAGACUGGCAGCAAGAAAAUACGCUAGAGUUGUACAGAAGUUGGGUUUUCCAGCUAAGUUCUUGGACUUCAAGAUUCAGAACAUGGUGGGGAGCUGUGAUGUGAAGUUCCCUAUAAGGUUAGAAGGCCUUGUGCUCACCCACCAACAGUUUAGUAGUUAUGAGCCUGAGUUAUUUCCUGGUUUAAUCUACAGAAUGAUCAAACCCAGAAUUGUUCUUCUUAUUUUUGUUUCUGGAAAAGUUGUAUUAACAGGUGCUAAAGUCAGAGCAGAAAUUUAUGAAGCAUUUGAAAACAUCUACCCUAUUCUAAAGGGGUUCAGGAAAACGACGUAAUGGUUGUCAUCUACCCUUACCUCCCCCACCCACUUGUUUUUUUAAAACAAAUCAGUUUGUUUUGGUACCUUUACAUGGUGGUGGUGUGAGGAGAUGGAUGCUGAGUUGCAGGUUGUGGCACCAGGUGAUGCCCUUCUGUAAGUGCCCACCACGGGAUGCCGGGAAGGGGCAUUAUUUGUGCACUGAGAACACCGCGCAGCAUGACUGUGAGUCGCUCAUACUGUGCUGCUAUUUGGGCAGCGCUGCCCAUUUAUUUAUACAUAGAUUUUAAACACUGCUGUUGACAGUUGGUUUGAGGGACAAAACUUUUAAGGUUAAAGCCACCUCUACAAUUGAUUGGACUUUUUAAUUUUAAUGUUUUUCCCCAUGAACCACAGUUUUUAUAUUUCUACCAGAAAAGUAAAAAUCUUUUUAAAAAGUGUUGUUUUCUAAUUUAUAACUCCUAGGGGUUAUUUCUGUGCCAGACACAUUCCGCCUCUCCAGUAUUGCAGGACAGAAUACAUGUGUUAAUGAAAAUGAAUGGCUGUACAUAUUUUUUCUUCCUUCAGAGUACUCUGUACAAUAAAUGCAGUUUAUGAAAGUGUUA